UGUUUAAAAUUUCGUUGAUUCUCGUCAUGGCCGUGUCCGGAACUCGAGCCGUGGAUUACUUUCUGGAACUAGAGGAGCUAUAUUCGGAAUGUACCAAUGGCCCGGUUGGAUCGGUACCCCUUGACGUAGCCUUUAACGUAGACAAUUUUCGGUCUGUUAUAGAUGCCGAUGGCGUUCACGUUUCGGGAAAUGUGACAACCGUUUGGGAUUUCGACCGCACCGAUCGCCUUUCAGGCAAGAUAAAUGUUUUCCGCUAUAAUCGCGGUACAUGGGAACCAACAUUAUUCAACUUAGCCACGCAUAAAGUGUGCAAUGUGAUUUUUGAUAAGAAUUCCUACUGGUACAAAUGGUGGUUCCAAUACAUUGCAAACCAGGAGGAGAUAAAAGAGAAGUGCAUCAUAAUGAAGGAUACUGUUUUGGUGCACAAUCCUUUCGUUGUGAAGUUGGGUUUAGACAAUAUUUCCGGUCCGCCUCUUCAAGGACGAUACAAGGCAGUGAUCAUAUGGGAACUAUUCGACCAGAAUAACGUACGGAGACCGUUGUCAACGUGCUACGAGGUUAGAGGCCGUGUUGAGAGAAAAUGAAUUAUAAUUCAUUUACACUCCUUUACGGAAUAAUGUUUCUGGUAUAACACCAGUAAACAUUGGGUGGGUUAUGCACAUUUUUUUUUUUUUUUUUGUAUUUGCACGUAACAAUUGGCCGGAAUUGGACUGUUGUUGUACAGAUCUGUAAUCAAAAUUAUCAGUAUUAAUCGAUGAUUUGUAUAUAAUUAAACUAAGUUAAUAGAAUUAAUAAAACCUGCCCCUAUCGUAUAA